CCGGCUAUUUUUUGUUGCAGUUCUGCCGGGGCCGGGUUCGAACCCUCCACCCUCGUUAUAUGGGGCCGGCACCCUACCCACUGAGCCACAGGCGCCGCCCAAUCAGGAGGUUUUUUUUAAUCUCAGGUGCCAUCCGGUCUGCGCCCGGGAAAAGAAAAUAAGACAGGAAGUUCAUCUGUAGCAAAAGGUCAGUCAUUAAGAAGUCAUGCUCCAGAGUUCCAAAGUCAACCUUCCUCGGGGCCUCACAACUUUUAGAAGCCCCCAAUACGUGGACUGUCCGCUUCUUUCACAUUGCCCGGGGUCUCCUCGCAAGCACCGCCCAGCUCAGGCCAGUCCUCCUGGGCCCAGAGGGCCCAACCCAGGGGCGGGGAGCCGGGCGCACUUCCGCAGGCCCUAGUUACGUGCACCAGGUAGGGCUGCGCAGUGAGAGUCGCCAGCCGGGCAGGGAUGAUAAACGCCACCUCUGCAGCCGGCUCCCUGCGGCCUUGCCCGCAGACGAUAUCUACCGUUGUGGAGCUGAACGUGGGGGGUGAGUUUUACACCACCACCCUCGGCACCCUGAUAAAAUUCCCAGGUUCGAAGCUAGCAGAUAUGUUCUCCAGUUCAGCCAAGGCCUGCGUGGAUGCGAAGGGGCGCUUCUUCAUCGAUCGCCCCGGCACCUAUUUCAGACCCAUCCUGGAGUACCUGCGCAGUGGGCAGCUGCCCACGCAGUACAUCCCCGAAGUGUACCGCGAGGCUCAGUUCUACGACAUCAAGCCUUUGGUCAAGCUCCUGGAAGACACGCCACAGAUCUUCGGUGAGCAGGUGGCUCGGAAGCAGUUUGUGCUGCAAGUGCCAGGCUACAGCGAGAACCUGGAGCUCAUGGUGCGCAUGGCGCGCGCCGAGGCGGUGGCAGCGCGCAAGUCGAGCGUGCUGGUGCGCGUCGCGCACACGGAGCAGGACGAUGUGCCAUGUACAGAGUUCGUGCGUGUCCUGGAGGCUAACAAGAAGUCUGUUGUCAAGUUCGGGCCCUGGAAAGCAGCCGCAGAUGUUUAUGACCUCCUCCACUGCGUGGUGACGGACAUUCAGGCCCAGGGGUACAAAGUAUCGUGUGACCUCUGCAACUUGGAGCAGGUAGUACGUAGUGGUCCCUCAGGAAAGGUACCCCGAGCCAGUUACUAUCGGUCCGUCUAUACAUUCACAUUCACCUGGUGGUGAUCCCCAGGGGCAGGGUCUGUUUGUCAUGGGCUUUGGCGGGGCUUAUGUAAUUAAAAGUUGCUAUCAAA